AAACCUUCACCCGUCGUCUUUACACGGCUUGUGACAUAUGAGAUGAGGAGAUUGUAGAUUUCUUUAUCUUGCAUAUGCAUAAUCGACUGUUUGCAAAAAGGUGUAAGAUGCUCAGCAAAUCAACUCACUGUUCUGGUACCAAUUUGUUUGCAUUGUCGGCAGGGCUGCUUCCACUUCCACCGCCGCGCUUCUCCAAAAUUUCUCCCUCUGCUCCGAUAUUUCCCUCUCAUCUUCAUUCAAUUACUCGACACCCUCCCACUAUACCGAGGCAAACUCCCUUUCCUUUACUCCGAAAUAGUCUACACAAUACCUCAAAGUCUCGACUACGCGCUCACACCUAUCCUGCCCGUUUUGGACUUACUUUGACCUCAUCCAGAACCCCUCGUGGUGGGGCAACACCUUCUCCCAGAUUCGUCUUACCCUCCUGCCCUCCCCGUCGUCUAUUCAGCACCACUUCACCGAUGGGGGCGACUAAGAUUGAUGGCAAGGCCAUCGCUCAAAAGAUCAGAGAGCGUCUGGCCGCCGAGAUUGCAGAGAAGCAAAAGUCCAACCCUCGAUACUCGCCAUGCCUAAAGAUCAUCCAAGUCGGCGAUCGUCCAGACUCGACUACCUAUGUACGAAUGAAACUGAAGGCAGCCGAAGAGGCUGGAAUUGACUGCGCUCUGAUCCACCUGCCCUCCUCGAUCUCCGAGCCUGAACUCUUGCAGCAAAUCACGGAUUUCAACAACGACCCCGCUGUUCAUGGCAUUCUCGUCCAGCUCCCAAUACCAAAACAUCUCUCCGAACAUACAAUCACAUCUGCUGUCUCGGACGAGAAGGACGUGGAUGGCUUCGGUGCCACCAACAUUGGCGAGCUCGCCAAGAGGGGUGGGAAACCAUUUUUCGUUCCAUGCACCCCCAAGGGUAUUAUGGUCCUGCUACAAGAAAGUGGUGUGGAGCUUAAAGGCAAGAAUGCUGUCGUCCUUGGCCGAAGUGACAUCGUGGGAAGCCCUGUCAGCUUUCUCCUCAGAAAUGCAGAUGCCACUGUCACUGUUUGUCAUUCCAAGACAGAAAAUCUGAAGGACGUUGUUAAGCAAGCCGAUAUCCUUGUCGCUGCGAUUGGCCAACCCACCUUUGUCAAAGGCGAUUGGCUUAAGCCUGGCGUUGUGGUGAUUGAUGUUGGAACGAACUAUAUUCCUGAUUCAUCCAAAGCCUCAGGCCAGCGUCUGGUGGGUGAUGUUGAUUUCGAUGCCGCUGUCCAGGUUGCUUCUCAAAUCACUCCAGUACCAGGCGGUGUUGGUCCGAUGACUGUGGCAAUGCUUAUGCAGAACGUCGUUGACUCAGCCUCGUCAUACUUUGAGAGACUGAAGGCCAGACAUAUCACACCUUUACCUCUCAAGCUGAAGUCCCCAGUCCCAUCCGAUAUCGCUAUCUCUCGUGCACAACAUCCCAGACCAAUCACUCAGAUUGCUCAUGAUGUUGGCAUUGCCCCUCAUGAGUUGGAGCCUUAUGGGGCGUACAAGGCUAAGGUUGACCUCUCCCUUCUAUCGAGACUCGAACACCGAAAGAACGGCAAGUAUAUCUUGGUCAGCGGUAUCACACCCACGCCUUUGGGCGAAGGUAAAUCGACCACAACAAUGGGCCUGACUCAAGCAUUGGGUGCACAUCUUGGCCGACUGACCUUUGCAAAUGUCCGACAGCCCAGCAUGGGUCCUACUUUUGGUAUCAAGGGUGGCGCUGCUGGCGGUGGCUACAGUCAGGUUAUUCCUAUGGAUGAAUUCAACCUUCAUCUUACGGGUGACAUUCAUGCCGUUACCGCUGCCAACAAUCUUCUUGCCGCCGCCAUUGAAACUCGCAUGUUCCAUGAGUCGACCCAAAAAGACGGACCUCUGUACAAACGUCUAGUCCCCACCAAGAAGGGAAAGCGCGAAUUUGCGCCUAUCAUGUUCCGAAGAUUGAAGAAGCUUGGAAUCAACAAGACCGACCCCAACGAUCUUACAGAAGAAGAAAUCCGACGAUUUGCACGGCUUGAUAUCGACCCUGAGACAAUCACAUGGAGACGUGUCCUCGACGUGAAUGACCGACAUCUCCGAGGUAUCACGGUUGGACAAGCCCCUACCGAGAAGGGCCACACGAGAGAGACAGGGUUCGAUAUUUCGGUUGCUAGUGAAUGCAUGGCCAUCCUAGCUCUGAGCAACGACCUGAAAGAUCUUCGUGAACGUCUGGGUCGAAUUGUGAUUGGUUCGUCCAGAUCAGGGGACCCUGUCACUUGUGACGACCUUGGUGUCGGUGGUGCUCUUACCGCGCUUAUGAAGGACGGAAUCAAGCCCAAUUUGAUGCAAAGUCUGGAAGGUACUCCCGUUUUCGUGCAUGCAGGCCCCUUUGCGAACAUCAGCAUUGGCAACAGCUCCGUGCUGGCUGAUAAGCUGGCUCUGAAGCUCGCUGGUACUGAAGUCGACGAAGACAACGACGCCAAGGCUGGCUUUGUGGUCACUGAAGCCGGCUUUGACUUUACUAUGGGCGGUGAACGUUUCUUCAACAUCAAGUGCCGAUCAUCAGGUCUCGUGCCAGAUGUCGUGGUCGUGGUGGCCACCAUUCGUGCUCUGAAGGUCCAUGGUGGCGGCCCUGAAAUCUCAGCUGGUGCUCCAUUGCCCGAAGCCUACAGGACCGAAAAUACAGAGAUGCUUCGUGCUGGUUGCGUGAACCUCAAGAAGCAUAUUGCCAAUGCCAAAUCAUAUGGUGUCCCGGUUGUGGUGGCCAUCAACAAGUUCGAUACCGACACAGAAGCAGAACUGAAAGUCAUUGAAGAGGAGGCUCUUGCUGCCGGUGCUGAAGCAGCUGUUCCUGCCAACCAUUGGGCUGAAGGUGGCGCAGGUGCCGUCGACCUGGCGAAUGCUGUGAUCAAAGCAUCAACGCAACCCAAGGACUUCAAACUGCUGUACGAUCUCAACGAUACAGUGCAAGCACGUAUUGAAAAGAUCGGAAAAGAGAUGUACGGCGCCGCCAACGUCGAAUUCAGUGAAUUGGCGCAAAAGAAGGUGGAUUUGUACACCAAGCAGGGCUUUGGAAACCUACCAAUCUGUAUUGCAAAGACUCAAUACUCUCUCAGCCACGACCCGGCGUUGAAGGGAGCACCGACCGGAUUCACCGUCCCAAUCCGAGACGUCAGACUUGCUGAUGGUGCAGGAUAUCUUUAUGCUCUCGCCGCUGAUAUCCAAACCAUUCCCGGUCUGCCAACCGCCCCUGGCUACUUCAACGUUGACGUUGACCCCGAGACUGGAGAAAUUGACGGACUUUUCUAGGCGAUGAAUCAAUCAUAUAUAGGAGCUAAGGUUUUUACGCGGUGCACACGAGAUCCACGGCCAUUUCUGUUUCUUCAACAAGUCUUCUCCCAAGAUACCCCAAGCUUCAACAUGGAUGGUGGAUGUAUAUAUGGAGGCGUGGAAUACAAACACAAACACAGACUCGUCUUUCAACAGCGAUGCUCAAAUGAUAUUGGCAUCAUCGGUGCACGGGGGUCUAUAGAUGAGCAUAUCAACAGCUCGAUACAUGCAUUAGUGGCAGAAUCUUGAUUAUUUUUCAGGUGUGAUCAAGGCAUUGUUCGCCUUUCUAAGCAUAACAAAAUGGAAUGAAACUCUUUCAAGUUAUAUGAA